GUGUUGCGGUCGGACCUGAAGGACCGUGAGCAUGUUGUGGCCAGUACACUGGACCAGGCACGCAUAUUCCUGGCUGACCAGCCCAUCGAGGGGCCGGGAGAACCACGCAAGAACCUACAGCCCAAAACAGGUGAGUCUCCUGUCACUGCCUAGCCUGAACACACACACGCCAAAGUCCAAUGACAUCAACGGCCACUUAGUCUUACUUUAUAAUUUAAUUGAACUCCCUUAUAAAACCUACUAAAACCUGCUAUAAUCUAUGUAACUGAUGUCAGUAUUUGUCAGUUUAUGUUGACCAUUCAGUUCAACCUGCAUACACAGUGGCCCUCCAAAACCAGAUCUGGGAAACCCUGUAUCAGGGUGGGUGUGAAUGUCCUUGAAAUGCACCUCUGAAGUUCCCCUAUCCACUUGAAGUUUAUGUGGGGUGUGAUAUGAGUCUCAGAAUACACCCAAACACUAAAUGCGCACCAGAACUCAUUAGUAAUUCUGUCUCUAAAGGCUGCUGGGCCUAAGAGGAUGAAACAGUGAAGUCAUCGCUAUGUCAGCACAUUUCCUCUUUAACAAAGUCGGGCUGUUAAAUAAUGUAGCAGAAUCCCUGAGACAAUCUGGGAGGGUGUGGCCAGAGCUCCAAGCAGGCAGAGAUCUGGCCCUUCUGUGUGAUCUUUGAUGUAAUUAUCAAAGGGGCCUCUGGUCGAAUCAGUGGUUAAGAACUGAUCUAAGGGCUGUGAUGGGUAGGAUGGUUUUCAUAGUGGUGCGUGGUAUAUCAGAGGGUAAGUCUAAUCUGAAACAAACCCUGCAUUGACCUUGGAUACUUUCGCAAGGGGUGUGUGUGACUGUAGAGGGUAUAUCUGAUCUCCAUAUGAUCUAAAACCUGUGCUCGGUUGCUUUCACAGGAGGGACAUGGGGCUUCACAGAGUGAAACUGAUCUGAGACCAGUGCCAGCAGGGACACCUCUGUCUCCUCUAGUCUAACUGAACCCAGUGGGGGAGAACACCUUAGUCUUCAGAUCCUCUCAGACCCAAUCAAACUCUCCCAACUUUCCCUGGCCUUUGUUUGCUUGUCAAACUUCUUAUUUUCAAAGCAGACCGCUCACACGCUGGUCCUGUCUGUGGUGUGUGGCAUCUAUGACUGGCAGACUAACAGACAGAACCCCUGAUGCAUGCUUCCGUUUAGGGUGUCUAAGAUUUAGAUCGUCAUUGACACACUGAUUUAAAGUCUCUCUUCAAGUUGAAAUGCUUGCUUUUAUUGUACAACCAACUUUCCCCUUUGAGGAUGUUAAAGUCUUUGUCCUCGCCCCCUUACUCCCCUACUCUCUCUGUCUCCCUCUUCCCCCCUCUCUCUCUCUCUCCCCACUCUCUCCCCUUCUCCCAGACCUGACUCCAGAGCAGAAGGCGCAGGGUGUGGCCAGGGCCAUCAGGAAGCAGACAGCGGAGGUGCAGGAGCGUUGGGAGCGUCUGCAGGGCCACGCGGAGGGAUGGCAGAGCCAGUUAGAAAGGGCUUUAGAGAGGCUACAGGAGCUCCAGAGCAACAUGGACCAGCUGGACCUGCGGCUAGCCAGGGCAGUGGAGACCAAGGCUGGCUGGCAGCCUGUAGGAGACCUGCUCAUAGACUCACUGCAGGACCACAUAGAGAAGACCACGGUGAGGGGGUCACUGGGGUGUUACUGGUUUAUUAAGGGGGAAAGAGAGAGGGACGUUUUUUUUAACGUCCACUACAAAACGUUUAGGGCCAACAAGUCCUUACUGGUGUUUGUAGGUAGUGAUUAACCUGUGUAAAAAAUAUGAAUGACCUAGGUCAACAUCUAAUCACCAUUGGUACAGGUAUCACCCCUGCACCAUAACAGUAUGUUAUAGAUACAUCUGCCUACAGCAAAACACUGACCUGUGUGUGUAUGCGUGCAUCCUGUGUGUGUUCCAGGCUUUCAAGGAGGAGAUGGCCCCUCUGAGGCAGGACGUGCAUGUGGUGAAUGAGCUGUCUGAUGAGCUGGCUCCUCUGGAUGUCCAGCUGUCCUCCACCUCCUCCAGACAACUGGAUGACCUCAACAUGCGCUGGAAACUACUACAGGUGGGCUAUGGGUGUCGCACCGUCCCCCUUUUACAGGUGGGCAAUGGGUGUCACUCCUACAACCGUCCCCCUUUUACA